GCGUACACUGGCCCAAGAGCAUGUUCAGUGGAAUAUCACACCUGGGUUUAAAUUUACUGUCAUGACAACUGUGACAGAAGAAAAAUUCUUACAGAAGAAAGCGGGAUGCAGCGGGAGGUGGCGAGUCUCGCAUUGGCCCCAACAGUUAAAGCAAAGUUAAUCGGAGCAGGGUUUCUAAGAGUUGGGGAUUUGCACGAAGUAAGCGCUACCGAGCUCCGCAUAGAGACUGGAAUUUCACUGCAAGAAUCUACUGAAGUUCUACAGACUGUAUUUCCACGCUCCCAUGAAAAGGGGUCCGAGAUGAGAUGGAUGAAGGCCACAGAAAUUUUAGAGCAGGAGAAGUCCUGUCGCUCAAUAAGUACUUUUUGUGCAGCCCUGGACGCAGUUUUGGGUGGAGGAAUAAUGACCGGGAAGAUGAUUGAGAUCUGUGGUACACCUGGAGUGGGAAAGACACAACUUUGUAUUCAGUUGGCAGUGAACACACAAAUCCCAGAAUCCUUUGGAGGAGUGGAGGGACAUUCAGUCUAUAUUGAUACUGAGGGCAGCUUUUUAGUAGACCGGGUGGUAGAUGUAGCUGAAGCUGCACUUCAACACUGUAAACAGCAGCAUGGAAGAACAGGACAAUUAGGAGCUCUGGAAAACUUUACUUUGGAAACAAUUCUUUCCAAUAUAUUCUUUUUUCGUUGCCAUGAUUAUGUUGAACUUUUGGCACAGGUUCAUCUGCUACCAGACUUUCUUUUUAAGCACCCAAAGGUUCGCUUUCUGGUUGUUGACAGUAUUGCUUACCCUUUCCGGCAUGAGUUUGAAGAUUUGUCUGCGAGAACCAGACUUCUCCAUGGCCUAGCCCAGAAACUCUUACAGCUUGCGAGCCAGCAUAAUAUAGCAGUUGUUUUGACCAAUCACAUGACAAUAAGAAUGGAGCAGAAUAAUUCAACACUUGUGCCUGCUUUAGGAGAAAGCUGGGGGCAUGCUUCCCCACAGAGACUCAUUCUUUAUUGGCAGGGCAAACAAAGGUUUGCAUCCUUAACUAAGUCAUCAAGACAGAAGGAACAGAUGGUUCCCUUUCAGAUUACAUCGCAUGGUUUCCAUGAUGUCCAGUUAUUUCAGUCUCAGGUUACUGCAUCCAUCUCCUCCACAAGUAACACAACAGUGAAUGCUCGCAAGCGUUGUCGCGUUGAAGAUGAUGAUGAUGAUGAUGAACAUGAGAACUGCUUGUAAACUUUUGGGUGCCUCUUGCUACUUGUCCUAGCCACUAUUAUUAUUUGUAUUGCUGCAGAGUUGAAAAUGUCUUAUAUACAGGGGUGUUUUUUUGUUUUUUUUGGUUUUUUUUUUCCCUGCCAGUUUUUGAUUAAACCUGAUGAUGAAGUGGCAUAGUAGUCUUUCUUAACCUAUAAUGCCAAAGACUAAUUAAUUUUAUUUUAAAGAAUCCAUGAAUUAGAACCUUAUACAUAGCAAAUAUGUAUUAUGUAAAAUAUCUGCAAAUAUUUUUCAGUUUUGUCAUUUGGCCUAAUUUGAUUCUUGAGCAGAUGCAUGCAAUAAAUACUGUCAAAAAAACUUCAACGCAGUUUGCAGAAAAAUUGUACAGUAUUUUGAAGUGGGCUGUAUUUGCGUAGCUUGGUGUAAUAAGCAUUUGUGGUUCCUUACAGUACAACUGUGAAAUAUGUUGAUAAUUGACAUAGAUAUGUUGUGCCCUUCCAUGAAAUACUUGUCGUUUGCCCAUUUUAGAUAAUUGUUUGGGUAGUGUUGACUGAUUUUUGUGUUUGGUACAUUCUCCAUAUUAUUCCUGUGUAUUCAGAUUUUAAUCAACACUGCCUUGAAGAUUUGCAAGUUGAGUUAACUGGUAAGUCUAAAUCGGUUUCAGUGUCAUUUAAUGUAGUAAUGCAUGUGUGUGUUAUGUGAAGGAUGUUGUGACCUAUCCAGUGCUGUUUCCUGCAUUGAACCUGCUUCUAGCAGGGUAAGCACUUGUCCCCCAACACCCUAAUUUGGAGUAAGCUGGUCUGAAAGUGUAACUACAGUGGCAUGCAAAAGUAUGAGCACCCUUGUUUAAAAAGUCUUGUUACUGUAAAUACUUAAUCUUCAGUUCACUUAACCUAUUGCCAAAAGGCAUAAAGUUAAAGAUGACACAUUUCUUUUUAUGCAAGAUUAGUGUAUUGUUUUUGCUUUGUACGAUUGUACAGUGAAAAAAGCAAAAGAGCACCACACAAGUUUAGGCUCCCCAGUAUGUUUUGAGGUCUUCUAUAACUUAGCAAGGUCUAAGACCUUAAUUGGGUCAUUAGUGCUAUGGCUUGUUCACAGUCCUCAUUAGGGAACCCCAGGAAAUGCAAAGUUGUAUAAAUUCUCUGACUCCUCAAACCUUGUCGCAAGAAUAAGCAGUCAUGAGCUGCUCUAAGCAGCUCUCCAGCACUAAAAGAAAAGGGUUUUCAGGUAACUGUUUCCUCAAUUUGUAACAUCAUUAAGAAAUGGCAGUUAACACAAACAGUGGAGGUCAAGCUGGGGUCUGAAAGAACUUUUCUUUGGAUUCCUAGAAAGGCAAAUAAAAAUCCCAGUUUGACUGCAAAAGAUCUUCAUGAAGAUUUAGUAGACUUUGGAGUGGUGGUGCACUGUUCUACUGUGCAGAAACAUUUGAACAGAUAUGGCCUUCAUGGUAGAGUCAGCAGAAGAAAAUCCUUCCUGCAUCCUAGUCACAAAAUUCAGUGACUGAAGUUUACAAAUGAACAUCUAAACAAGCCUGAUGCAUCUUGGAAACCAGUCAUGUUGGACUGAUGAAGUCAAUAUAGACCUUUUUGGCCACAAUGUGCAAAGGUAUGUUUGAAGAAAAAAAGGGUGCCCAAUUUCAGGAAAAGAACACCUCUCCACUGGCACAGGGAACAUAUCACUAGUAGCAGAAAGAAUGGAUUAAAAUAAAUACCAGCAAAUUCUGGAAGCAAACUUAACUUAAAAAAGUUGAAAGUAAAAAGAGGAUGGGUCCUACAAGAUAAUGAUCUGAAACUCGCCUCACAAAUUACAAUGGAUUCCCUCAAGAGGCGCAAGCCGGUAGUUUUGCCAUGGACUUCAUGGUACCCCACCUAAACAUCAUUGAAAAUCUGUGGAUAGAUCUCAAAAGAGCAGUGCAUGCAAGAUGGUAAACCAAGAUUCUUGAUGAAUUAGAAGCCUUUUGCAAGGAUGAAUAGGCAAAAAAUACCCCGCAUAAGAACUGAAAGACUGAACUGGCUACAAAAAACAAUUAUAAGCUGUGAUACUUGGCGGAGGGAGUGUUACUAAGUACUGAUCGUGUUGGGUACCCAAAUAUUUGCUUCAGGCCCUUCAUUUUUUUUUUUUUAAUUAUUUUGUACCUGUGAAUGAUGGAAAUAAUAUAAAAUGUAAUCUUGCUUAAAAUAAUAGACUAGGGGGCUCACUUCACUCGCCCACCCCCUCCACAACCAUCGGGGCACACUAUGCACAAGCCACUUUGAGUCUCUGCAUCCCACUAAGGAGAUGCAAUUGGAUCAGCUGUUGGCUUGCUGCUGCCGAGCUGUGUGUUCUGCUUGUCGUGCUGCACGUCGAUCAUUUAAAAGCCUGUA